AUGUGGAGACACACAAUAAUUAGCGUGAUUAUGGUGAUCUGUGUCACUGGUCACACCCCCAACCCUAGAUCAGGGGAUGAACUGGUGACAACUGUUCUGAACAAUUGUGUAGAAAUGACAUGUAUAAAACAAAAUGUACUGUUGUAUCUAAAUAAUUUAUUGAAUCUUCAAAGUGAUGCAAGAAAUGCGAAGAAUAUUGAUACAUCAAUAAUGAAAAGGGUGGCUAAAGUUUUGCAAACGUACAGAAUAAAGUUUCAGUUACCCACCGCAGUUUUUGACCAAACAGAGGUGGUUUAUGAUCCAAGAUCUGGUUGGGACAUAUCAUCACCUGCAGAAGAAUCUCGAGUGAUAGGAUUGAAGAAAAAAUUAUUGUUUCCACUUCUUCUAUUAUUAAAACUCAAAAUGAAGCUACUGAUGCCAAUAUUUGUUGCUAUUAUUGGACUGAAAGCUAUGAAAGCCUUAGUGUUGAGUAAAUUGGCUAUUAUUAUAGUUGUUGGAUUUAUAGCCUAUCAGUUAUUGGGUAAAGCCGGAAUGCCAAUGCCUUUGUCAAUGAUGCCUGCUCCUGCUGAACCCCCGGCGCCACUGUAUGGGGCACCAAAUCCAUCUACUGCUCCACCAAGUUCAUACGAACCCGGAUGGGAACCGAAUCAAGGUGGGCCGUACCAAAGAGUUUGGUCUGUUUCCAACGGUGAUCCUCAAAGUUUAGCAUAUUCAGCAUAUUAUCCAGGAACGUCUUCGUCAAGCUCAUCAACUAGUGGUCCCCUAACACUGUAA